AUGACCGACGAUGACCGCUCCACGCUCGAUAUGAUGGGGUUGCUCCAGGUCCACGUAACGGAUUAUCCCCGAUAUUCGAGCGUCAUUGAUGUCUUCCGUCAAGUGGUCGCGGCUAAUCCUAAUAGAGUUGCCGUCAGGGACGCUUCCUCUCAGCUGACAUAUCUCCAACUGGACCAGAGAUCAGACGUGCUCACUCAGUGGCUGGCAAGGCGCUCGUUUGCCGCCGAGACAUUGGUUGGCGUGCUUGCUGCUCGAUCAUGUGAUACUAUUGUCGCCUUUAUUGGCAUCCUCAAGGCCAAUCUCGCGUUUCUGCCAUUCGACGUCAAGGCUCCCGUCGGCCGGAUGGAGACUAUUCUGUCGUCCCUGCAAGGCCGCAGGCUUCAUGUCGUCUUGGUUGGACCCGAUGUCCUCCAUAAGCAGACUCGGAACAAGGAUGCCCACCAAGCUCCAGUUGCAGUUGCUCCGCCUUCGGCCACCAGUCUGGCCUAUGUCAUGUUCACCUCUGGCUCAACCGGCCAACCAAAGGGCGUCAUGGUGGAACAUCGCAACAUAUUGCGACUUGCCAAGCUGAGAAACGUGGUGAAUUGUGCCACUACCAUGGCCCACAUGGCAAGCAUCACUUUUGACGCUUCCACGUGGGAGAUCUACGCCGCUCUCCUGAACGGUGGCACGCUAAUCUGCAUCGAUUCCAUGGUGGUGCUAGAUCACAUCGCUCUCCCCAAGGUCUUCAUUCAAGAGCAAGUGCAAACCAUGUUCAUCACACCGGCUCUACUCAAGCAGUAUCUUCUCCAGUGCCCAACCGUCAUCAGCAUGUUGGACACGUUAGUCGUAGGGGGAGAUCGACUCGACCCACAAGACAUGAUGGCAGCGCGGAGGCUCACGACAGCCAGGAUCAUCAAUGGCUAUGGACCUACCGAGAACACGGGUUUCAGCACAUGUUACUCCCUGUCGGAACAGGAACUUUAUACUGAUCGAGUCCCCAUUGGUCGAGCGCUGAACAACUCAGGUGCAUAUGUCAUGGAUCCCCAGCAACGCCUCGUCCCGCUCGGCGUCGUCGGAGAGCUCGUGGUAACCGGCGAUGGCCUGGCCCGAGGUUACAUCGAUCCCCAACAAAAUUCCGACCGGUUCGUCCCCGUGAUGGUUGGCGGUGAGAAGGUUGAAGGCUACAGAACAGGAGACAACGUGCGCUAUCGGCCGGUGGAUGGCCAGCUAGAGUUCCUGGCUCGAAAGGACCGGCAGGUCAAGGUCCGAGGACAGCGCGUCGAGAUCGGGGAGAUUGAGCACCAAGCAAGAUCCUCGCCUGACGUCGUUGACGCCGCCGUAGAGCUUAUUACUCUCAGCGACUGUGGCAGCAGAGGUCCAGAGUUGAUAGGCUUCCUCGUCAUGGAGCCGAGCCGAGCAAGAGACAGCCGUCAGGGGAGAGGAGGCUGGACCUGUGAUGGACGGGCAAGUGCAGCCCUCCAACUCGUCUGGGCCCGGUUGCAAUCCGUGCUACCGCAUUACAUGGUUCCCUCGGUGUUGCUUCCCAUAUCAAACCUUCCGCUAACGGCGUCGGGGAAGAUGGACCGGAGGCGGCUGCGGGAGAUGGGGUCGGCGAUAUCAGCGCAGCAGUUGGUGGAGCUGCGGAUGACAGCAAAAAGAGAGAAACGGCUACCGACCUCAGAGGCCGAGCAGCGUAUGCAGAAGAUUUGGUCCCGAGUGCUCCAGAUAGAGCCUGCUACUAUUGGCCUCGACGAUGGCUUCUUUCAACUCGGCGGCAACUCGAUUUCCGCCAUGAAGGUUGUGGGCGAGGCUCGCAAGAUGGGCACCAAUCUGACCGUGGCAGAUGUUUUCCGCCGUCACACCCUGGCGGAGUUGGUGAAUGGACAGGACAUAGAGGUGACGCAAAUCCAACAAGAACCCGAACAGACUUUCCUCGUUGAACCUGCCAUCAAAGCAGCUCUUUUCGAAGAGAUUGACUCUGGCAGCUUUGAUAUCCAUUCGGAGGACGUUGCAGAUAUCCUGCCACUGACAAGCUGCCAAGAGAAGAGCUUGGUUGACAGUAUCACUCACGGACAGUACGCCAACUACUUCUACCUGGACACCGGUGCUCGCCUCGAUUUGUCGUGCUUGGAAAGAGACUACUUUGGCAAGUUGUCCUCCACCAGCUCGAGCAACCCCUUCGCGUACAAGAUGAGCAUGGAGAUCUCGAUCAAUCCUUCCGCAAUUUUUGCCUCCAAGACUUACAACAAGUCUCGACGGCCACGCCCCCGGUCGCAUUUGUUCUUCUAA